CAUAUCAACUUUACUCGGUCAGACCAAGUUGUUUUCCGCUACAGCUCGCGGAUCGCUGAUUCACACCGAAUAAUACUGCUACCCCGCGCUGAUGACAUGACUGCUCAAAAAUCCUGCUCAAGUCUCGCGUGGUUCUCUCUGCUCUUCCCCGGUCUCUCUCCGCCUCCGCCAACCCCUCCAGUCUCUCUGUCCCAGCCUGUCAGUGCCGUAGCUCGUAUCGGAGGUUAACAAUCCUCCCCUAGACCCAGAGAGCGACCCAGCCUGCCGUGAACCUGACCGAGGCUUGGAGCCCACUUCUCAGCCAUGGCUACUAUCGUUACCUCCACCCGCUUUACAGACGAAUACCAACUCUACGAGGAGCUCGGGAAGGGAGCGUUUUCAGUGGUGCGAAGAUGUGUGAAGAAGUCAUCAGGUCAGGAGUUCGCCGCCAAAAUCAUCAACACCAAGAAACUCUCCGCCAGAGAUCACCAGAAGCUGGAACGAGAGGCGCGUAUCUGCCGCCUGCUCAAACACUCAAACAUAGUGAGGCUACAUGACAGUAUCUCAGAGGAAGGCUUUCACUACCUUGUCUUUGACCUGGUGACAGGAGGAGAAUUGUUUGAAGACAUCGUUGCUAGGGAGUACUACAGCGAGGCCGACGCCAGUCAGUGUAUUAACCAGAUCUUGGAGAGUGUUCAGCAUAUCCACCAGCAUGACAUCGUCCACAGGGACCUCAAGCCUGAGAACCUGCUCCUGGCCAGUAAGAUGAAGGGAGCUGCGGUGAAGUUGGCAGACUUUGGCCUGGCCAUCGAGGUGCAGGGGGACCAACAGGCAUGGUUCGGUUUCGCCGGUACCCCUGGUUACCUGUCCCCUGAGGUCCUGAGGAAGGACGCCUACGGCAAGCCUGUGGACAUAUGGGCCUGUGGUGUUAUUCUGUAUAUCUUGUUGGUGGGCUAUCCUCCAUUCUGGGAUGAAGACCAACACAAACUCUACCAGCAGAUCAAGGCUGGGGCCUAUGAUUUUCCCUCUCCAGAGUGGGACACUGUUACUCCAGAGGCUAAGAACCUUAUUAAUCAGAUGUUGACUAUUAAUCCUUCCAAGAGAAUCACUGCUGAUCAGGCUCUCAAACAUCCAUGGAUCUGCCAACGUUCCACUGUGGCGUCUAUGAUUCACAGACAGGAGACAGUGGAAUGUCUGCGCAAGUUCAACGCUCGGAGGAAACUCAAGGGAGCGAUCCUCACCACCAUGCUGGUGUCCAGAAACUUCUCAGUGGGCCGGCAGCAUACCAACCCUGCUGCUGUGUCCUCCACCGCCUCGCUGGCGCAGGAAGCAUGCAAAAGUUUACUUAACAAGAAGGCGGAUGCUGCUAAGCCUACGACCAACAACAACAGUAAGAACAGCAUAGUGAGUGCCAUCAAUGCCAUGAAGGACAACAGCAUGGCCGCCGCACAAAUGGAAUCUCAAAAUACAGUGGUUGCUGCUGAUGGGGUCAAGGGUUCUACAGAGAGUAGCAACACAAAUGAGGAUGAGGAUAUGAAAGCAGACAGCGUUGUGAUGAUGAGUCAGGGAAGUGCUACAGACGAGAUGCCCUCUCUUCUGACCUCGUCUGACAACUCGCCUGCCACCGUUCCUCUGCAUGACGUAAAGCGCAUGGUGUGGAACGGCUCUGAUCAAGGCUCCAACCCCGAGUCGGAGCACGCUCAGUCUGCUCCGCCCGCCACUCCACUAGGGAGCCACACUCUCCCUGUAACAGCCAAUACCACAGCACAGCACACCCGUAAGCAGGAGAUCAUCAAGAUAACUGAACAGCUGAUUGAAGCUGUAAACAAUGGAGACUUUGAGGCCUACACAAGGAUCUGUGAUCCAGGUCUGACCUCCUUUGAGCCUGAAGCUCUGGGGAACCUGGUGGAGGGAAUGGACUUCCACAAGUUCUACUUUGAAAACUUGCUGAGUAAGAACAGUAAGCCUGUCCACACCACCCUGCUGAACCCCCACGUUCAUCUGAUUGGAGAGGAGGCUGCCUGCAUCGCCUACAUCCGCCUUACACAAUUCGUCGAUGGCCAGGGCCGCCCCCGCUCCAGCCAAUCGGAGGAGACCAGGGUGUGGCAUCGCCGCGACAGCAAGUGGCUCAACGUCCAUUUCCACUGCUCUGGUGCUCCGGCCGCACCCCUGCAGUGAUCUGGUGUACAAACACUCCAGUCGGAGUGUGAGUUUUUUGGGGCGUGUUUUCGGCUAGUGUGUUUUGGCGGCGUGUCCUCUUUGUGGAUUGGCCCAUGCCAGGUGCCCGGCCGGGCAAGACUGCACCCUCUCUGCAACACCAACCAAUCCCGUCUAUCCUUUGAUCCGCUGGGGGCCGGCUGAGUGUGGACUCCGCCCCUGUGGGAAUGAUGCAUGCAUCUGACGCCCAAUAGGAGGGCUUGUCCUUUGACCUCUGACCCCUCCCACCCGGCAGCCAUUUUGUCUCCCGUCCACGGCAGCCAUUUUGAGAUGAUGAGAGGAGCGGGGGGAGGAAUGAAGGGUUAAUGAACUUGUAAUGCCAGAUAUGACAAUGAGUUGUAAGUAUACAGGAUAAUAUAUGACUAGUAUCAGACAACACCCAACCCUACCAAGCAUUUAUAUAUACGUCGAAUGAGAGGAGAGGAGAAUGUGUGUGAUUUGUAGGAGGUGACAUGUUGGGUUUUGUAAAUGGAGAAUUCCCUAGCAGAAUUCUGAACGGAAGGACAGUCUGUUCGAUCAGAAAGGAUGUAAUAACUUGAUGUGAGGAAACACCAAAGUGUACAACUGUAGGCUUUUUACACGUUUCUGUGUUUUCUGCUGGUUUACUUUUUGUUGAGAGAAGGGAAGGUAGGGGGGUGCAUUCAAGAGAGAUUUUUGUUUCUGUUGUGUUUUUAGCCUUGUGUUUACGUUGCGUUUCUGUGGACUGUGUCUGAGUCUGUUUGAGACGAAUUGUAAGUGACUGAGUUUUAAAAGGGGUUUUAUUGUAAAAGUGAAGCUGCAGUGUGUAUGUCUGUUUUCUCUGUCUGCAGUGGGAGAGAGGGACUUUUUGGGAAAAGGCGUCUGCAUUUUGCAUGUUUUCUCUCCCUCUCUCCCUUUCACACUCCUACCCUCUGUGUGUUUUAGAUGGUGUGUGUGUAUAUAAGUCUGAGACUCAUUCAGAGGCACGACAAAAGGGGUGAACAUCAUCUGGUCACACACACCAGCCGUAGUCCCAUGGCCAUGUUCCUGACCCCAUUUUUGACAUGACCUCUGACGUCUACAUGUGGUCGACACCGUGUGACGAUCAACAAGGGCGCUCGCACGUCAACAUGCGCACGCCUCCCGCCCAAAUUCUUACUCUAUCCUCACGUCCUGAGCCUCCAGUCUCACACGUUCUGUGUAAAUGCAUAUGGUGAACACACUUGCUCACACCUACACACUCUGGUGUGUCAGGCGUUGUAACAUAUCUUCACCGCUGCACCGUCUCCAUGGUGACACCCAGGUAGUGUGUUUUCAUCUGUUCUUCGUGUGGAGUCCCUCCAUCAGUAACAGUGUCCUUCAUUCUCUCCAUUUGUAGAGCGGUGUCUGUUUCUCUCUGUGUGUCUCUGUCUCCUGGUUUGGGUUUUGUUGACAAUGUUUUUGUUUACUGUUUGCAAAGUUCUGCACUCUAUACUAUAUAUAUAUAUAUAUCUAUAUCUCACACACACACACACUAAAGUUACACCAACUUUUUAACUGAUCAGACUAGCUGGUUAUAAUAUCACAGGGAAGGAAGGGACUUAAUCAAGGUCAGUUGUUGAGGAUAGAAAUCUGUUACACACACACACACACACACAGGGAAAAGGGAAUAGAGGGUGAACGUGGAGACAACAUAAUCAAUUAAAAUGAACAGUAAAUGUAUUCAUUUAAUUUCACCCCCUCAGUGGUAUUUCAGUCCUUAUAUUGGCCAUUCAGGUGACAGAAGAGCGGUAGAGAGUUCAGAGAUCACAUAAUUAUCUGUGGAAUUAAACCAGAGAGAGAUGUAUGCAUGUUUUCAGUUUAAGCAUCUCCACCAUGCACCUACCUGAACUAGGGUAGAGGAUAGGGUAUAUGCUAACAAUAUCAUAUUUGCAUCUUUUGAAAUAAAAAUGAAAAACCUGCCUCCAUCCAGAAUAUUGAAUAGGUGACAUGAGAUUAAAAAAAUAAAAUAAAAAACUAUUUAAUUACAAAAAGGAUUGCGGAACCUUCGCUUGGUAUGAAGCUCAUUGUGAGUACUCUCCCUGCGUUGUGAUGUUAACCUGUCGGCCUGCGCUUUCUUUCCCCAGCAGUCGUUGGACGCCGGAGUUGUUUUGUUUUUGUUGCAUGAUCAUUAUGUACGGUAAAAUAAAACCAUGAAUUGAGGACGAUCACGUGUUUGUCUCAAUGUUAGUAGGUCCUUUAUCAUAGCUUUGUUAUUCAACUUGGAUCUUGAAAGUAUUUAAUAAAAAUAUUUCAGCACCU